AUGAGCAUUCUAACCUCAGACGCCAACAGAGUCACUGCAGCCGACCUCAAUGUCAAGAUAAACGCCGCAACCAGCAAGGUCGGCUCCGACUGGGACAACCUACCAGAGGGCCAUGGCUUGCUUAAGUUUUCCGCAAAACUGCGCGAGCUCAUCAAAGAAGCUGGGUAUGCAGAGAUGUAUGGGGUAGAGCUAUCUGCACCUGUUGAAGAGUAUGUCAUCUCCCUAGAGUCUACACUUGAACAGAACAACAGAGGGCUGACCAUAACAACAAAACAGGNNGGAAAAGCCGCCCCCUUCAGCACCCUCCUCAUCCUCCAAAAAUUCCUUCGCGCAAACCAAGGCCAGGUCAACAAAGCCUGCGAACAGCUACUAGGAGCACUUAAAUGGAGGAAAGAAUUCAAGCCGCUAGAGGUCAAGAAUCAAGUCUUUCCCAAGACCAAGUUUGAGGGCUUGGGCUACGUUACAAAACUCAAGAAUGUGCCUGAGAGUCCCAACGAAGUGGAUAUUGCUACUUUCAAUAUCUACGGCGCUGUCAAGGACACAAAGAAGACCUUUGGCGAUCUAGACGAGUAA